AUGCUAAAAAUCCUUGCCCCAACAAUUUUUUUAUUCGUAUCAACUUGGUUUACACCUAAAAAGCACCUCUGAUCCUCCACCCUCCUUUACAGUCUCAUUAUUGCGGUCGCCAGUUUGCUGUGACUGGCCGCACCCUCUGAAACAGGCUGGUCCUUUCUUAGUCCAUACAUGGCUUCUGACCCCCUUUCCACUCCUCUCUUAGUCCUAACCUGCUGACUUCUUCCCCUCAUAGUACUUGCAAGUCAGAACCAUUUAAAAAUGGAGCCCACUAAUCGUCAACGAGCCUACAUCUCCCUGCUAAUCUCAUUACAAAUCUUCUUAAUUAUAGCAUUUAGCGCAACAGAGGUAAUUAUAUUUUACGUAAUGUUUGAGGCCACCCUUAUUCCCACCCUUAUUAUCAUCACCCGGUGGGGUAAUCAGAUGGAGCGCUUAAAUGCUGGGACUUACUUCUUAUUUUAUACACUUGCAGGCUCUCUGCCCCUCCUAGUGGCCCUACUGGUUUACCAAAGCUCGGCAGGCACUCUAUCAUUCCUCACACUACCCCACCUCCCCCACAUUCAGCUCCACACAUGGGCAGAUAAACUCUGAUGAGCAGCAUGCUUACUAGCAUUCCUUGUCAAAAUACCUCUCUACGGAGCACACCUCUGACUCCCCAAAGCACACGUAGAGGCCCCAAUUGCCGGCUCCAUAGUACUAGCUGCGGUUUUAUUAAAGCUGGGCGGAUACGGCAUGAUACGAGUCCUUAUUAUCCUGGACCCCUUAACUAAAGAACUCAGCUACCCCUUUAUUAUCUUAGCUCUCUGGGGUGUCAUUAUGACGGGCUCUAUUUGCCUUCGCCAAACAGAUCUUAAGUCACUUAUUGCCUACUCAUCCGUCAGUCACAUAGGCCUUGUAGCCGCAGGAAUCCUUAUUCAAACACCCUGAGGCUUCACAGGAGCCCUUAUCUUGAUAAUUGCCCACGGCCUAACUUCCUCAGCACUCUUCUGCUUGGCUAACACUAAUUACGAACGGACACACAGUCGCACAAUACUCUUGGCGCGAGGCCUCCAAACAGUCCUUCCUCUAAUAGCCACAUGAUGAUUUAUUGCAAGCCUGGCUAAUUUAGCACUUCCUCCCCUCCCUAAUCUUAUAGGAGAACUAAUGAUUAUUACAUCGUUGUUUAACUGGUCGAUGUGAACACUAAUUCUUACAGGCCUCGGGACGCUUAUCACUGCCAGCUACUCCCUCUACAUGUUCCUUCUUACACAACGAGGCCCUCUCCCAAGCCACCUUAUCUCUUUAGACCCCUCCCACUCCCGAGAACACCUCCUUCUCACCCUUCACCUUCUUCCCCUCCUUCUCCUGAUCCUUAAGCCUGAGCUCGUGUGAGGUUGAACUGCCU